AAUAAUUGUAUAGACGGAAUUUACAACAGAAUUGAGGCUGGCCGAUAUGAAACUUCUGGUUUGUAACUUGGAUAUUUGUGAAAUUAAAUGAAAUUCGAGGGAUGUCUUUUAAGUUUUGCUUAUGGAAAUAAAACAACACGGUACGAGGACUCAAUUCCGUAGUAAAAUAUCUAUACAAUUAUUUCUGUAAUCCUGGUGAUACUGGCAAAACAUACGAACAUACAGUUGUGGUCAAGAAAUGAGAAUGAAUAAUUUGGAUGGAAAACAAUGCAACAAUUUAUCAAGGAUAAGCAUGUAUUGACCACCGAAGUAUUUCCGUUAACGUGCUGUCGAUAUGUCAAACAAAAAUUUUCCAGCCACUCUAAUGUUAGUUUGUAAUUAGUGAAACCGAGAUAUCUUGAUCUCUGUCACUGAGAGCAGCUGAUUGUGAGCUAAAAACGAACACGCGAGGAGACUAGACAGAUCGAUCAAGUGUGCCUUACAAAGACAAAAUGUAUUCGACAGCUGCGAAUAUCAUUAAAAUGUGUUGUUCCGUUCAAAACAUGCAGUAAUCUUUCAGUUGUCCUUUAUUUCCUACCACUAUUGAUCUGUAAUGGGAUAACGGUAUCGGAGCUGACCCCAAUGUUGAAGAUCCCCGCACGUUUUAGACAAUGUGACCUCAGUGUAUCCCUUGCGUUUGAUUAUUGUGACUGCAUUGUCAACAUGGGUACAAGGGCUGCUGCAUUUACAGCCAAAAUCCGCAGUCUCUAUGACUACCAACUACGGCUCAUGCAGGGCGUUAUGCCCCCUCCAUCUGGAGUUGACAUAGCAAACACAAUCAAAUACUUCUCUCAAACGCUCCUCACUGUCCUCAAAGAUGUCCCAAACUCCCCUUUCGAACUCCUCAAAGACCCGGAAAUGGAUUCCGUCCGUAUGGGAUUAUUUCCUAGUCUGGACUACAAAGGACUCUACAACUCGCUUGUCCCUCUUAUAGAAGUCGCUCCUUUAAUUUCCUAUGGGUUACACGCAUUUGGUCAGUCAUUCCUUCAGUGUCUGGGAUGUCUUCUACCCUUCUUGGAACAUGAUUUGAUUGAUAACUUAUCUUACUUAGCAGCAUCUACCAUAUCAGUUUUACCUAGCUCCCUUCAUCAAGACAUAGUGAAUUGUUUGUGUUUUUAUAUACUACCGUUCGCAAUAACUAGGCAUAGUGAUAGCAGCCAAGACAUAUGUCAUUCUGUGUCAGCUGUAAUAAUGAUGGUCUUUCAAUACUCAACAAAUCCUGCUCAUCACUGCCAGCUUUUGGAAUGUCUGAUGACACUAAAGAAACAUAUUCUCAAAGACGUCUUGUGUGUGAUAGCGUAUGGUACAACAACGGCUCGUUCCUCUGCCGCUAAGCUUCUGUUUUACUAUUGGCCCACCUUCAACGCCAAUCUCUUUGAUAGGAAAAAUCUUAUUUGCAAAUUUGCCGAUCCAACCCCUUUCGUAUGCCAACGUGAUAUGUGUCCGAAUUCUGGCAAUGCAGAGGCCGCCAAAGUCUGCUACGACCACUGUAUAUCCAUCAACUUUGCCAGCGAUACACCACCUCCAUUAUAUCUUUGUAUCGAAUGCGCAAACGAAAUUCAUCGUGAACAUCCUAACCAAGUGUUUUCUGAUAUUUUGCAUCCUAUGCAGCAGGUUUCGAUGAUAUGUGAGAACAAGAACUGUCGGUCGAACGAUAAAUCAGCAAUAUCCAUAUGUUUUUCUACCGAGUGCGCUAGUUAUAAUGGGAACCACCCGAUUAGGUAUUGCGAACAAUGCCAUAACAACAGGCAUAAUAAUAGGAGGGGUGGGGAUCACAUAGUUCAUAAAUGCAUACCCCCCACUUGGUCUAUGGAACCAGAAAUGCAAACUUACAUGGUCGGUGCAAUUGUUAGCCUAUUGAAAGAAGCCAAAAUAUCACAGGGCGACCCUCGAGAUGAAAAAAAGGAUUCGGAUACGAAAGACAUAAAGGAUAGCAAGGAAUCGAAAGACAGAAGAAGCCCAGUGCCAACUUUAGACAAUAUUUCGAUAGAAGAAAGGCAGCUGCUAGGACGAUAUGGAGUUUGGUUAUUAGUUGGUAGAUGUAGCCCUACGGAAAAUGCACCGACACAUGUCUUGGGAAGACUUUUAGCGAUGAUUUUCCAUUGGUUUUAUAUAACGGCAUAUUCGUAUAACGGCCAAGAUGAAGGGAGUCUGGAGAAGCUGAAAACUGAAAUUGUAUGCAACUGGUUACAUGAAAUAAUCAACACACAUUACAAAUUAUUUAUAUCAUGUUUGUUACCUCACCCUGCAGAGUACGCCAGAGUUGGUGGACAGUGGGACACGCUUUCGUCGCGCAUAACACACCUAAAGGAUGGCUUACACCGAUUAUUUUGUCUGAUUCCUUAUGAGGUCAUAUCCCAAGAGAUUUGGGACGCGAUUAUGCCGCAUUGGAUGGAAGCAAUUGUGAACGAUGUGCCAGAACGAGAACUGGGCGAAUUAAGGGUAAUUUUAAACAAAAUCCUGGAUACCGAGAUGAGCCCUUUAGGAUUCAAUGCAAAGAAAAUGUAUCAUUUUGUCGCGAUCAGGUUCCAAAACACAAGCGCGAAAAUACAGCAGCAAGCGCUGCACUGGUUGCAGACAUUGACACUUUUGGAAAUCGUUAUCCCCCUACAUUUAUUGUUUUCCAUAUUUGGGGAAGGGGUGUCGUGUAUGAAAGAUGGAGGUAGUGCUAAUGAGGAAUCAGGAGAAACGAAAACUGCAUUCACAGACCUAGAGGUAUUCAACGCAACUGGGCAAGAGCAAAAGAGAGGAUCGAUAUACGAAGAAAAGACUGUAGCCCAAGUAACGUACGAAACCGACGCAGAACAUAACUUAUUCUGCUGCAUACUGAUGCUAGAUAUUCUGUUGAAACAAAUGGAGCUGCAGCAGAUAGACAAACAUACAGGAAUAGGUUCGUCUCUGUGCAAAGACGUAUGUUGCUUGUUGAAAUGUAUGAUCACAACAGCAUACAUAGGAAAUCAUUCUUGCACAUCCAAAUCAGAAUGUCCCAGCUGUGAAUCGAGCAUAAUGUGGCACCAAUUGGCCUUGCAACUGAUCAAAUUUCUAUUACCAGUACAUCCAGCUCAUCCACCAGACCCACUCCUGGAUGACAACAGCGAUGACACCUACAGCAGGAAAAGUCCACCAGAAACGGAAAAGAAAGACACGAAGGACGUUAUCCUAAACAUGCCCAUUCCGGAAGUCCAUUCAGUAGGAGGAGUUCUUGUUCAUAUGCCACACGUGUGCUCUAUAAUGACUGCGACAGUUGAGACAGUUUCAGAGCAAUUGGAUUUAACAGCUAUAAUACCAGCUGAAAAAGUCGUUUCAGCUGUAGCAAGAGCUAUCACCUUAUCUGAAUCGGAUAUAGGCAUUAAACAAUCAGUGACUGGCUCAUCACAAUCCUCGAAACAAACUCCGCCAGUGAUGAGUAACGACGAAGUGAUCGAGUCAGACUCAGGCGACGACACUGAAAACUUUUGGCAAACAUCGAUAGGAAAAUUCCGAUAUUCCGUUGAGGAACUGCCUUACCCGAUGCAAUACAUAUACCAGCUGUUACAAGAACUAUCGAAAGUGGAAAAGUCUGACAUUCUCUACUACAUGCUACAGUCACUGAAUAUACUCAUCUUACAUGGUGAUGCUUGUACCAAAGCUUCCAAAGAACAUCGCGGGUUUUUCAUUUGGUGUCAGGAAAAUUUGCUGAUAAAAAACUUAUGGGAGCUAUGCAAUUCGGAACAUUCGCAAAUCUGUCAAGUAGUCGUUCCUGUUUUGCUUCACUGUAUCACUUUGCCAGUGGGUUUUGACGUAUUUUGGCGAGUGAUCCAAGAGGAGUUCCACAACACAGAUUGGUGCGUCAGAUUCACAGCCGUCGAACGCGUUACAGUCAUCACCAGAUUUCUUGACUCUAGCCCCUUACGGAAUCUGCCUCAGUUGCAGGCUGCCUUAGCAAAUGCCUUAUGCUAUUUAAUCUCAAGUAUGGAUGAUAAAAAUGUAUAUGUCGCACAAAGAGCUGCUCUCUACUUGGGGACAGUCCACGAUUCAGCUGUAAAGUCGCUAAUUAUGUGCCUGGAGACUCAGUUCGAUACGGUAAUAGUAGAUAGGCCAAUGGUACUUCAGUGUUUAUAUCAACUGCAUAAUUCUCUAAGCGAAAGAAAAAUUUUCACAUGGGAUUUCUUUCUUAAUCGUUUUGAUACGCUAUUCAUAGAAGCACAAAUCACCUUGGAAAAGGCAGGGGAUAUAACUUACCUAAGGGAUCUCCGGAACUCCGACUUAAACAGUGAAGUACUGAUUCAUAAGAUUCAAAGGGCACAUGAAGCACUACUACAGUCUGAUGGUACUACCAGUACAAUUAAAACGUUAAGCGCUAGUUUUGGAACCAAGUGGCCUUACAAACGCACAAUGUCAGCUCCUGCAUCUAUCAUUGCUAGACACGAAACUAAAGAGUCCAAAGAGAAAGUGUACAGUCGGCAAUAUUCGGCCCCGAUUCUAAAGAGGAAAAGCUCACGUUUCGGAAUCGAUGGCCACGUGCACUCGUUAAACGUAACCGAAGACCAAAACUUAACAUCGUUCCUACAAAAGAUCGUUGACCUAGAAGAGGUUGACAAAGAGACGAUGCAUCUUUUGGUCUUCCUUCUGAUGCAGUUUCUGUCUAGAUCAGAUCAAGCUUAUCCAGCUGAAGACAAGCGCCUUUCGAAAACACAAGCAAUAGUGCUAAAGCACCUUUACUUACUAUUAGGAUAUAGUCAAAACGACAGAGGGUUGUAUCUAUCACCGCAAAGACUGCGAUCUUCAACUGUCUUUAAUGUAUUUCUUUCUAAUCUACCACAGCUGUUAGAUCAAAAUCAUCUGAUGGGGAAGCACAUGUUGCCUACUGUCUUGAUAUUGCUGCAGUAUGCUCCAUCACCGUACUAUAUUCCCAACACCGUGGAGUUACACAUGCCUGCGUAUAGUCUGUGGGAGUUGGAACCGCAUAUAAGGAAAAAUUGGCUGUUGACACUUAUCGUAUUACUCUAUAAGUAUCAAUAUAACCAACAGCCACAAUGUACCCAGUUGACAUCUUUGAUCCGAAUAGUACUCAACACACUGGACGCCCAGCAUCACCAAUGUAGAAGAAUCCCUGCAACUAUCAUCAUGGGGCCACCAUCAACUAGAUCUAGAGAUGUGAGUCAACCUUCGCUGGGAGCAGAGGUAGACCUUCCAGAGAAGGCAACACCGCCAUUGUCUCCAAUGUAUUCUUCUGAUGGUCAAUCAGUCCAUGUCUCAGUUAGUUCAAAAGACGGCAAAAUACAAGUGACCUACGCAAAGCCUUCGUCAACAACAAGUAUGGAGACACAUUGGGAAGAAUCCAUACAGUGUGCGCAGUCAGAAAAAAAACAUCAACGAAAAACAACGGAUAUCAGCCUCGAUGAUGAUACAGAAUCAGAAUUGAUUGUGAUACCAGAAAGUGAUGUCUCCGAUGGGGCGUUUCAAGAAAGCACGCAAGACGCUUGCGACGAAAGCAACUGGACGAGGCAAGUUUCAAUUAUCAAAUCACCAAAAGGGGGCCACUCGAGGAAGAGGAAUAAAGGAAAACCCACAUGGUUUAUAGGGGGUGAAGAUGACUCUCCAAAGCUCCACGAGAAAUCAAUGUGUUACGACCAAUUAAAGACGCACACCGAACGCAAAAAACAAUGUUCAAAAACAAAACUAACGCAAAAUGGGUCGCAGUUCGCAAAAACGGUGACAACGGAUUUCCACAGACAUGUAACCACAUCUAUUAUCGACACGCAUUAUGUGGAAAAAUCCUCGCCGAUCGGAAAUUACAAGAAAGUUAUCGAUUCCAGCGCUGCUUCCGUAUGUGCACCAGAUUCUGACUGCGAAGAUUGUUAUAAGAAUAAUUAUUCUGUCCUACCAACUCCUUCCUUAGAAAGGCUACUCCCUAUUGGAUCAUCGAAGCAUUUAGACUCUCCUUCACAUGAAGACCUCUUCCUGCAAUCUCAGCUAGAAAUUCCCAGUCAGGAGAGGCUCCUCCCCAUUGGUCAACAUUCAAAAGACGUCUCACAUCUGGUAGACAAAGUGCGUCAUGCUUUGGGAAUAUGUGAGACGCGUAAGGACAAUGGGAACGGGGCUGAGAAGGAGGAGCGGUCGUACAGCCAAGACCAGCCUGUUCCCACUUCCUCUACGUACCACAGCCCCAGGAAAUUGAUAAAGCAGGUCGCUUUGGAAAGUCCACCUUAUCAGUCGGAAGCUGAGGAGAAUGGACGGACUUACAAAUGCGCUAAGAUGGAUAAGAAAAGAGGCUUGAUGAACCAAAGGCAACGUCGCAAGGUGGGCCCCUUUUCGAUGAACUCGUACUCUUUCCAUGAUCCUAGGAAACCAGGCUCGUGGCUGAGUCCAGAUUCAUCUCCGAAUCAAGACGCCGAAAUGAAGCCCAGCUAUUGUCGUACGGGAGACGAUUGCAUCAACGACCAUUGCUCAGAAUGUGGCUGCAUCAAGCAAGAAUACAGUGACGAGGAGAUCGGUCUUUGUAUAGUCAUCUUAGGCACAUUUAUUCACAGAGAACCAGCUUUGGCAGCACCACUUUUACCCGAUGUCCUGAGCAUUGUAGCAAAGGUAGCAACGGAUCCCAUGUAUCCUUGGCAAAGUGACAGCAAUAUUUACUUGCCUGGAGGUGCAAUAAGUGUAGCACACCAAUUUAUACGAUGUGUCCUCCACCAACUAGCUCCAAAUGGCAUCUUUACUCAAGUAUUCCAGACGAAUGCAUCUGAAGCUGUUAGAUUAAAAUUUUUCAAAAGUCUUGUGCAAGCUCUCGUUGAUUUCAAUGAACUCAAUCCAGUAUCUCCGCUGCAACUAAUGCUAGAGGUGUUGAAUUCAAAGAAAACAUUGCCAAUAGAAGUGCUUCCAACAGUUCUCCAAAACAUGGCGUGCUAUUUGAACUGUUUGCCUCUUGAAGCAGCCUUAGGACCUAGUACAUCGCUGUGGUGUACAAUUUUACAGCAGCUGGAGGUAUUCUAUAGGCGGAUAACAUUUUUCCUAAACACUAUAGAAGACAUAACACCUUUGUUGAAGAUAAUUAUGUGCACCUUCAAGAUACCUUUAAUACCACAGUUCAAAGGUCUCUUGGAACCCUUUUCUAAGGUUUUCAGCUAUGCAAUCCAAACACAAACCAUCAAGUAUAGUUAUUUCACUGAAAUAUGUUAUCUGUGUAAUCGAGCUUUCACAAAGGAUCGCGACAAACUUUUCUUGAGUCGAAUAAUAGUUUUCGAGCUGCUACAGGCCCUAAAAUUUAAAACAACUAUUCCUGAUUCCAAUUUACUGACGCUUAUCAAUUUGGUGCUGCAGGACAUGGGAGGAUCUAUACCUACAAAUCCCAUUUUGAAGGACUAUCCUAAGCAAUUUAUGGAAUAUGGACCAGCUUUUGCAACUGGCAUAUCAGAAUGCAUGAGGCUCAGUUUAGGAGAUAUAUUAGAGUUUAUUAUGGAUUUCCAUGCAAUAUCAAAAAUUAAGAGCUACUGCAAGAGAAGAUCAGUCGGUCUAAAUGAAGAUACGUUGGGAGGCAUAGUGAAAUGUAGUCUAGCACAAUAUCUUGCUCUUGAAAUAACGAAGAGCAAUGGAAGAGAUAACAGAGCUGUAAAGAGAUAUUUUCCCUGGCUGUAUAGCACAGCUGCUAUGCAGCAAACACCUAGGGAAUUCAUAGAAUGUAUAGGUCACGUGAGGUUACUGUCUUGGUUACUGUUGGGAUCCUUAACCCAUACAGCACUCUAUGGUGUCAACCACGGACAGAUCUUGAGUCAACCGAUUCCUCAAGAAGCAUCAUGCCAAAUAGCAGAUCACAUUCAAAUCACCAUGCUGGGAUUUGCAGAACAACCGAAAGCAUCAAUACUGCAUAUGUCCUCUCUAUUCCAUGCGUUUAUUUUAUGUCAGCUUUGGACUAUGUACCUAGAACAAGGCCUUCAUAUCCAUCUGCCCAUUACCGAAUCCUAUAAUAUCACAAUGAAUCUUCUGUUUGACUUCUGGGCUAAAGUUACACCCUGUGUCCUGCAACUUAUACAACAGUCUAAAAUGUUCAGUGAAAUGGUGAGCCUGCAUUUUCUAAGUAUGUUGGAAGCUCUGAUGGAAUGCCACUCCACCAUUGUCGGAAAACUCUUACCUCUGUGGACUUCUGUAUUAUCUUCAAAUCAGCUCCAAUUGCCAGGCCACUUGCAAGUCAGACUGCAGAACUGUAGAGAUUUUCCUCCAUCAUCUCUUCAGGAAACUAUUUUCGAUAAAAAGCGAAAUCAGCACAUGAAAAAUCCAACGAUGUACAAAUGGUUGCAAAGAUUACAGUUUAAAAUGGCGCAGAUAGAGCUACAAUCUUCGACGGCGACCCAGUUCUAUUCUUUAUGAUUUACAUACUUUUGUUACCCAUUAAAAUCUAUUGUGUAUAAUAUAUAAAUUGUGUACAAUAAAAGAUUGUCCUUAGUAAAAUAAAAUAGUUUUUAUACUGAAA